UUCUCGAAGUUUCCACACUCAAAGCGAGGCGUUCUGACACCCAGGCGACAGUGGUGUAACUAUAUCCGGGACGGACGUACAUUUUGUGGGUUGAAUUGACGGAAGAAUCGAUGCCAUAAUGUGGAAGGAAGAAAACAAAGAUGGCGGCGAAUGGGGUUCACUCUCCCAAAGGCGAAGGCGGUAAUCCGAGAUCUGGCGGGGGUUGCCAUGGCAGCACUCCCUUCACAUUGCCAUAUUAGGUCAUGGGAAGUGUACACAGAGCAACCUUGUUGACGGGGAAAUUACUUUGCGUGCCAAAGGUUGCUAGAGGCCAGAGAAACCGUAUUUUUAAAAAUAGUUAAAGACAGAAAAGAUUUGCUUUUUUAAGUGCGUCUUUUUUUGUGACACACCUUUUUAAAGGCCAAUGUCAAGGCCUGCUUUUCCUGCCAGUCGUGUUUAUUUUUGUCCUGCCUGAGGCGAGCAUUCCUCCAUUAGCAGAUCACGAUGCUGUCACUCCACUUAGCUCGGCAAACCCUCCCCCACAUCAUGUCACGGACAUACAACAGCAAGGAAGCGUGUGUAUCCAAGGUGAACAUUUUGUCACACGCACAAAAAGUGGUUUAAAAUCGAGUAGUCCAGUGUCUGUACAGGCCCUGAAAAACCGCCCAUUAGUGUUGCUGCAUUGCUGACAUUCUGGAAUGUUCCUCAGCGGACUGGGAUGGCGAACAAAAGCUACUUUGUUGACGAUUAGACACAAAUACUGUUCUCGUUUCUGUGUAAUGACGGAUUACUGUCAAAAAUACCGAUAUAUUUGUUUGUCGACAAGUCAUUUGACGUAAAUGUUUGCCUGUAAGUUUGUAGUUAAUCAGCCUUUAUUUACAGCUGCUUUGAAGAACCCUUUACUGAUGGUACUGUAUUCCUUUUUAAUCUAUUACAUUAUUUCAGUGCAUGUAUUAAUGUAAUAUAUUUUCAUAUUGACACCUUAUGUACAUAUGCAUGUUUUUAUUAAACCCACUACUAGUUUUAACGUUGUGUGGAAAGUGUUAAUCAGUGUCAAAUGUCACUUUUACCCAGCAGCCUACUUAGUUUUAACGUUGUAUGGAAAGUGUUAAUCAGUGUCAAAUGUCACUUUUACCCAGCCGCCUACUUAGUUUGAACGUUGUAUGGAAAGUGUUAAUCAGUGUCAAAUGCCACUUUUACCUAACAGCCUACUUGGUGUAAUUAGAAUACAUUUAUUUUGUCACCUACCUUCAUAUUAGCUUACCUGUUAGUACCUCAGUGUUAACGCCAUUAUUUGACUAAAUCCUGUAAACACCCCAAAUAAAUAUGUAUAUAACUUAACUAUUAUCUAAGAUAACUGUAGCAUUUAUAACUCAUUUAUUUAAAUUGUGUUGAAAAAUGAUAACAGAAAGUGAACACAUGUCUUGGUAGUUGCUAUGAAUUGGAAAAGGGGUAGGAUUUAAAUAAACGUUGAUUCUUCCUACUCCUUUUCGAGCAUGUAAAGAGAAAUGAAUACAUGUGAUUUAACUGUAUGCAUGUUUGAAAUAAACAUUCAAUAAAGCAUAAAUAAGCAAAAGGAAUUACCGGUUUUGUGUGUUUCUCUUAAAGAGACAGCUUGCCAAAAAUAAUUUUAGCACAACUACCAGAAAAAAUACCUUCCCACUUUUGUUUGUAUGUGUGGAAAGUGUUAAUCAGUGUCAAAUGUCCCUUUUACCCAACAGCCUAUUUGGUGUAAUUAGAAUACAUUUAUUUUGGCACCUACCUUCAUAUUAGUUUACUUGUUAGUACCUCACUGUUAAUGCCAUUAUUUGACUAAAUCAUGUAAACCCCAAAUAAAUAUAUAUUAUAACUUAACUAUUUAAGAUAACUGUUGCAUUUUUAACUCAUUGAUGUAAAUUGUAUUACAAAAUGAUAACAGAAAGUAAACACGUCUUGGUAGUUGCUAUGAAUUGGAAAAAAGGUAGGAUUAAAUAAGCGUUGAUUCUUCCUACUCCUUUUCGCACAUGUAAAGAGAAAUGAAUACAUGAGAUUUAACUGUAUGCAUGUUUGAAAUAAACAUUCAAUAAAGCAUAAAUGAGCAAAAGGAAUUACCGGUUUUGUGUGUUUCUCUUAAAGAGACAGCUUGCCAAAAAUAAUUUAAGCAAAACUACCAAAAAAAAAAUACCUUCCCUCUUUUGUUUGUAUGUGUGGAAAGUGUUAAUCAGUGUCAAAUGUCCCUUUUACCUAACAGCCUAUUUGGUGUAAUUAGAAUACAUUUAUUUUGCCACCUACCUUCAUAUUAGUGUACUUGUUAGUACCUCAGUGUUAAUGCAAUUAUUUCACUAAAUCCUGUAAGCACCCCAAAUAAAUAUGUAUAUAACUUAACUAUUAUCUAAGAUAACUGUUGCAUUUAUAACUUAUUGAUUUAAAUUGUGUUACAACAUGAGAACAGAAAGUAAACACGUCAUGCUAUGAAUUGGAAAAAGGGUAGGAUUAAAUAAGCGUUGAUUCUUCCUACUCCUUUUCGAGCAUGUAAAGAGAAAUGAAUACAUGUGAUUUAACUGUAUGCAUGUUUGAAAUAAACAUUCAAUAAAGCAUAAAUAAGCAAAAGGAAUGACUGGUUUUUGUGUUUGUCCUUAAAGAGGCAGCUUGCGCUAAAAAGACAACUAAAACAAACAAAAAAACUUCAUACUUUUGUUUGUAUACUAUCAUGAUCAUAAUGUCCAGAUGAAGACACUUUUGUCUUAUUUGUGUUGGAGAUACCAGUGAGGGGUUUAAGCACAUCGCUAAUCAUAGCAGGUUUGCAUACAGUACUCUGCUUUUACCAUGAUCAUAGCUAUAAUUGAGUCAAUUUUGUCAUCCACUUUAGUUUGAACUAAAUACUCAAAUCAAAUGUAUUUUGAAUAUGUAUGUAAUGACAUGUUAAAUAUAGUUUCAGUGUUCCUUUUUGUCAGAAUGGUUUUAAUUAUAUGUGGUACUAAUAUAAGAUAUGUUGAAUGACUCACUUAACAAUGCACAAGCCUUUAUGGCACUUACACGUCCUCUAAAUUGUUGGGUUUUUUACCAGUGAAACUUGAGCUUGCAUUGCUAUUAUUACAGUGUUUCCCGAAUGAAUGGUUGCAGGUUUAUUUUAUAUUGUUGCAAAUUUGGGGAAACGUCUAAGAGCUGGCAUUCUGCCUUUAACGUGCGAUUUCUAGCACAAACAAACGGAGGCAGUACUGCACAUUGAAGUUGCCACCCAUUCAAUGACACGCAAAAUAAAGGAAGUGGGUGCAGCAGGGAGUGCUAUUCAUAUCCAGACAUGCUAAACACAAGCAUACAGCAAAGAAGAGAUGUGACAGCGUCCAGCUUUCAGUGUGACAGGAACAGGAAGUGGUAAACACACUUAGAGAAUGCUAAAAAGAUGAGACUUGUAUGUGUAGCAUCACCGAGCUCCCAAACUGAUCAGACUUCCUAUACCAUUGAACUGUGGAUGGAGUGACGUUUAAGUUGUUUGGAAGCAAGAUGACACAGAAAGACGCCGGUAGUGGCACUACCCAGGAUGGAGACAAACUGAAAAUUGUCAUUGUGGGCGAUGGAGGCUGUGGGAAAACAUCGCUCUUGAUGGUGUACGCUAAAGAUUAUUUCCCAGAGAAAUACGCCCCGACUGUGUUUGAAAAAUACUCCACCUCUGUGGUUCUUGGAGGGAAAGAAGUAAAGGUCAACCUGUAUGACACAGCAGGACAGGCGGACUACGACAGGCUGCGGCCGCUCUCCUACCAGGAAGCUCAUUUGAUUUUAGUCUGCUUUGAUGUGACCAACCCGACCAGUUUUGACAAUGUCACCAUAAAGUGGAUCCCAGAGGUGAAGCACUUCUGUCCCAACAUUCCAGUCAUCCUUAUCGGCUGCAAGACUGACCUCAGGAAGGAUAAAGAGUGCAUCAGAAGGCUCAAAGCCAUUAAUCAGGCUCCUAUCACUUACACACAGGGCCUGGCCACCCAACAGGGGAUGAACGCCGAGCUCUACCUGGAGUGCUCGGCUAAGUACCAGGAGAACGUGGAAGACGUCUUCAGGGAGGCCGCCAAAAUGGCUCUGGCGUCCCGUCGCAAACACAGAAACUAUAAAAGGAAGAGGAAAUGUGCCAUUUUAUGACGAUAAGAGAGGAGCUCCAUGCCUGUCAGUCAAAGUGUUGACACGCCUCCUGUUGACUGGAGAUACAUCGAGGGUUUUCAUAUGCACUUUGGAGAAAGAUGGAAUGUAUUUAGUAAUUAUUUCACUGUCAUGUAUUUUUUUUUUUUAAAAAGUGUUUUUGUAGUCUUUUAUAAAACAAACAAUGCCAAAUGUUGAGUAUUUUGUAUGAUCAAGGGCAGUGAAGUGUAUAUACUUACAAGAAACCGAAUAGCUUAGUCUUUGACCUUUUUUUU